AUGGGCGAACUAGACUCUUCUGCAAUGGCGACCCAACUCGACUUCGACGUUCUGAUUAUUGGCGCAGGAUUGAGUGGAAUCUACUCCCUUUACAAGAUGCGGGAGCUGGGGUUGAAAGCCAGAGUCCUCGAGGCUGGCACGGGUGAGGGAGGGACAUGGUAUUGGAAUCGAUAUCCUGGUGCCCGCUUCGAUUCCGAGAGUUAUUCUUAUAAUUACUCCUUCUCACAGGAGGUCCUGGAUGAAUGGAGCUGGACCGAGCAUUUCGCCCCUCAACCCGAGACAUUGCGAUACAUCCAAUUCGUGACCGAUAAGUUCGACUUGCGACGAGAUAUGCAGUUCAACACCGAAGUCAGGUCGGCGCAUUACCACGACACCAGUCGAUCAUGGGAAUUGACGGAUGACAAGGGUAAACGAUAUACCUCGAGGUUUUUGAUUACCGCAAUGGGCCUGUUGAAUAAACCCACUCUUCCCAAUAUUCCUGGAAUCGACGACUUUAAGGGACAGUCUUUCCACACCGCUCGAUGGCCACGGGAGCCCCUCAAUCUCCAUGGUAAACGAGUGGGAAUAAUAGGCACAGGAGCCACGGGGAUACAAAUCAUUCAGGAGAUUGUGAAGACCGUGGGUCAUUUGACGGUAUUCCAACGAACAGCGAAUUGGUCGGCUCCACUCCGUAACGCGAAAAUCACUCCAGAAGAGAUGGAUGAAAUCCGCAAGCAAUAUCCUGAGAUAUUCAAGAAAUGUAAAGAAUCAGCCACCUGCUUUCUACAUCCGGCAGAGCCCAGGAAGUCGACCGAGAUCUCCGAAACGGACAAGAUAGCACAUUGGGAGGACAUAUAUUCGCGACCAGGGUUUGCCAAAUGGGUCAGCAAUUUUCCAGACGUGGCAUAUGACCGACAGGCAAAUGCUGCUUGUAGCGAAUUCUUUGCAAACAAAAUCCGAGAACGGGUCAAAGACCCCGUGACGGCAGAGAAGCUCAUUCCCAAAGACCACGGCUGGGGGACGCGGCGGAUACCGAUGGAGACCCAUUAUUUCGAGGCGUACAACCAAGAUAACGUCCGACUGGUCGACCUUCGAGAGGACCCAAUCGAGCGGGUGACAGAGAAAGGGCUCAAAACUCGCAGCGAAGAAUUCGAGCUGGAUAUCCUGAUAUACGCAACGGGCUUUGACGCUGUGACAGGAUGUUUUACGGCGGUCGACUUUCAAGGGGUUGAUAACAAAAAGCUGAACGACGUCUGGAGCGAUGGCCCUCGCACACAGCUGGGUUUGUUCGUUCGUGGCUUUCCUAAUAUGAUGAUGGUCAUGGGACCUCACCAGAUGUUUGGCAACAUACCUCGAAGUAUCGAGUUUGCAGUCGGUUGGAUUGCUGACGUUAUACGUUAUUGCCGAGACAACAACAUUACGCGGAUUGAAGCGACUGAAAAAGGAGUGGAGGAGUGGACUGAGCAUGUCCACAAAUGCUCUGAGGGCCUCUUGACAAAUGAGGUCGAUUCUUGGAUGACAGGCAUCAACAAGAAUCUUGCUCAUAAACAAAAGAGGCACAUUGCACGAUAUAUGGGACCUGCCCCAGGUUAUAGGAAGAGGUGUGACGAGGUUGCAGCGAAGAAGUACGCAGACCUGGACUUGGCUUGA